GGGCUCCCGCGCCCGCCCGCGGGCCGUUGGGAGCGGGAGAGGCGGAGGCGGCCCGAGGCCAAAGCACCCGCCAGGCGCCGAGGGGAAUAUGAAACAGGUGUCAAAAUGACAUCCAGAUUUGGAAAAACUUACAGUAGGAAAGGAGGAAAUGGCAGUUCAAAAUUUGAUGAAGUUUUUUCCAACAAACGGACUACUCUUAGUACAAAAUGGGGUGAGACCACAUUUAUGGCUAAAUUAGGGCAGAAGAGGCCCAAUUUCAAACCAGAUAUUCAAGAAAUUCCGAAGAAAGCUAAAGUAGAAGAAGAAGAUACUGGAGAUCCGUUUGGUUUUGAUAGUGAUGAUGAGUCUCUACCUGUUUCUUCAAAAAGUUUAGCCCAGGGUAAGGGUUCAUCUUACUCAGAAUCUAGUGAGGCUGCUCCGCCAGAAGAAGUCACUUCCGUACUUGAAACUAAUAGCAAAUUUAGCCAUGUGCUGGGUGAAGACAGUUUUGCUUCCGACAGAUGCUUACUUAUAGAGGAUACUUUAAUUGGGAAAGAGAAGAGCAUAAGUAGAAUUCCAGAAGACAACACAAACAAAAGUAGUUGCGCUAAGUUGCUAACUUCAGAUAAAGUGGAGAAUUUUAGUGAAGAACAUGAAAAAAAUAGUCACCACUUUCAUAGAAAUGCUGAAGAUAGUACUAAGAAACCCAAUGCAGAAACCACAGUGGCUUCUGAAUAUAAAGCUGAUGAAACUAAAGAAAUAAAUGAUACUUGGAACUCCCAGUCUGGAAAAAGAACAGAGUCUCCAUCUGAAAGUUGUCCAGUCAAAGGAUCUGUAAGAACUGGUUUAUAUGAAUGGGAUAAUGAUUUUGAAGAUAUCAGAUCAGAAGACUGUAUUUUAAGUUUGGAUAAUGAGUCUCUUUUGGAGAUGAAAGACGAGGAUUUAAAAAAUCGGAUUGGAGGAUUGGAAAAUCUAAAUGAAACCUUUGAAGAAGAUAUCAUACAAAGUGUUCUUAGGCCAAGCAACUGUAGGACGUACUGUAGGGCCAAUAAAGCGAAAUCCUCACAGGGGGCAUCAAAUUUUGAUAAGCUAAUGGAUGGCACCAGUCAGUCCUUAGCCAAAGCAAACAGUGAAUCAAGUAAAGAUGGCCUGAAUCAGGCAAAGAAAGGUAGUACAAGUUGUGGGACCAGUUUUCGAGGAACAGUUGGACGGACUAGAGAUUACACUGUUUUACAUCCAUCUUGCUUGUCAGUGUGUAAUGUUACCAUCCAGGAUACUAUGGAACGGAGUAUGGAUGAGUUCACCGCAUCCACUCCUGCAGAUUUAGGAGAGGCUGGCCGGCUCAGAAAAAAGGCAGAUAUUGCAACUUCCAAGACCACUACUAGAUUUCGACCUAGUAAUACUAAAUCCAAAAAGGAUGUUAAACUUGAAUUUUUUGGUUUUGAAGAUCAUGAUGAGACAGGAGGUGAUGAAGGGGGUUCUGGAAGUUCUAAUUACAAAAUUAAAUAUUUUGGCUUUGACGAUCUCAGCGAAAGUGAAGAAGAAGAUGAUGACGACUGUCAAGUGGAAAGAAAGAAAGACAAAAAAAGAACUAAAACAGCUCCAUCACCUUCCCAGCAGCCUCCUCCUGAAAGCAGCGACAAUUCCCAGGAUAGUCAGUCUAGUACUAAUAAUGCAGAGGACUUGCCUGGUGUGCCUGAGAGUGUGAAGAAGCCCAUAAGUAAACAAGGAGAUAAAUCCAAGGAAAAUACCAGAAAGAUUUUUAGUGGCCCCAAACGGGUAAGUAAAGCAUUACUACUGGUGUUUUUUUUAAUAAAAAUGUGUGUGUGUGUGUAUAUACAUAUAUUUAUCAUUAGAGGUAUCUACAUGGAAGCUCCAGCCACUGGUAACUCCAAUUCCAUGGCUGCCUUCUGGUCUCUCUGGCAACAGGCAUUGAAUGAUAUAAAUAACAUUAACAUUUUUCCUAAAGUAAAAACUAUUAAAAAGGUGAGGCUGUCUUCAAAGGAACCAAAUCAAAAAGAUGAUGGAGUUUUUAAGGCUCCUGCACCACCACUCAAAGUGAUAAAAACUGUGACAAUACCUACUCAGCCCUACCAAGAAAUAGUUACUGCACUGAAAUGCAGAAAAGAAGACAAAGAAUUAUAUACUGUUGUUCAGCACGUGAAACACUUCAAUGAUGUGGUGGAAUUUGGUGAAAAUCAAGAGUUCACUGAUGACAUUGAAUACUUGUUAAGUGGCUUAAAGAGUACUCAGCCUCUAAACACACGUUGCCUUAGUGUUAUCAGCUUAGCUACUAAGUGUGCCAUGCCCAGUUUUCGGAUGCAUCUGAGGGCACAUGGGAUGGUUGCAAUGGUCUUUAAAACUUUGGAUGAUUCCCAGCAUCAUCAGAAUCUGUCCCUCUGUACAGCUGCUCUCAUGUACAUAUUGAGUAGAGACCGUUUGAACAUGGAUCUUGAUAGGGCCAGCCUAGAUCUCAUGAUUCGGCUUUUGGAGCUGGAACAAGAUGCCUCUUCAGCUAAGCUACUGAAUGAAAAAGACAUGAACAAGAUCAAAGAAAAAAUCCGAAGACUCUGUGAAACUGUGCACAAUAAGCAUCUUGAUCUAGAAAAUAUAACGACUGGUCAUUUAGCUAUGGAGACAUUGCUGUCCCUCACUUCCAAACGAGCAGGAGAUUGGUUUAAAGAAGAGCUCCGGCUUCUGGGUGGUCUGGAUCAUAUUGUAGAUAAAGUAAAAGAGUGUGUGGAUCAUUUAAGUAGAGAUGAUGAGGACGAAGAGAAACUAGUAGCCUCAUUAUGGGGAGCAGAGAGAUGUUUACGGGUUUUAGAGAGUGUAACAGUGCAUAAUCCAGAGAAUCAGAGCUACUUGAUAGCCUAUAAAGAUUCACAACUCAUUAUUUCAUCAGCUAAAGCAUUACAGCAUUGUGAAGACCUGAUUCAGCAGUACAACCGUGCUGAGAACAGCAUAUGUGUAGCAGAUAGUAAACCUCUGCCUUACCAGAAUGUAACUAACCAUGUGGGCAAAGCAGUGGAGGACUGCAUGAGGGCUAUAAUUGGAGUAUUGCUCAAUUUAACUAAUGAUAAUGAGUGGGGCAGCACAAAGACAGGAGAACAAGAAGGACUCAUAGGCACAGCGAUGAACUGUGUCCUUCAGGUUCCAAAGUACCUACCUCAGGAGCAGAGAUUUGAUAUUCGAGUGCUGGGAUUGGGUCUACUCAUAAACCUGGUGGAGUAUAGUGCCCGCAAUCGACACUGCCUUGUCAACAUGGAAACAUCCUGUUCCUUUGAUUCCUCCUUCUCUAGUGGAGAAGGCGAUCAUAGUUUAAGGCUAGCUGGACAAGUUCAUGCUGUUCAAGCUUUAGUGCAGCUAUUUCUCGAACGAGAGAGAGCAGCGCAAUUGGCAGAAAGUAAAACCGAUGAGUUGAUUAAAGAUGCUCCUACCACUCAGCAUGAUAAGAGUGGAGAGUGGCAAGAAACAAGUGGAGAAAUACAGUGGGUAUCAACUGAAAAGACUGAUGGUGCAGAGGAGAAGCAGAAGAAGGAGGAGGAGGAUGAAGAACUUGACCUCAAUAAAGCCCUUCAGCAUGCUGGCAAACACAUGGAGGAUUGCAUUGUGGCCUCCUACACAGCCCUGCUUCUUGGGUGUCUCUGCCAGGAAAGUCCAAUCAAUGUAACUACAGUAAGGGAAUAUCUUCCAGAAGGAGAUUUCUCCAUAAUGACAGAGAUGCUUAAAAAAUUCUUAAGCUUCAUGAAUCUUACGUGUGCUGUUGGAACAACAGGCCAGAAGUCGAUCUCUAGAGUGAUUGAAUAUUUGGAACAUUGCUAGCUGCUUUACCUUUGCUUCAGGUGCUUGGUAAUGCUGAAGCUAUCCUUAGACAAAGAAAAGACAUGAAAGAAGUCCUUGAAGAUAUACCAAGAACAUUCAUCAGUAUCAUUCGUGUUUGGAUUUUUAUGAUCACCCGAUUUCUUCAUCAUGCAUUCUGCGUUUGCUAAAUGACAGUUACUACAUCAAUCUGCAGCUAUCAAAAAUGAGGGAAAAGGUUCAGGCUGUUAACAAUCCCAUGCAGUAUUUAAAUACACUUACUUGGCAGAGUCUAUACCUGCCCCUUGUUUCCUUGCUGUAUUUCAGGCAAGGUUUAAAGAGGGGAAUUUGUGCUGCUGUUAGUGCAACUGCUGUGUAUGUUGAGCCACUGUUGUCAUGCCAGUCAGGUGCAAAGGCAGCUUAGCUACUGAGGUAUUGAAUGUUCUGAGGACAUUCUAGACAACAGCUUAGAUCCUUUUUCAGGCUCAUUUGCUUUUGCUUUUUGUUGAAUGAUUCCAAUCGUAAAUAAAGCUUUUAAUAAUUUUGUGAA